AGCCAUAGCUAUAUGUAGCCGGAGGAGCUUGGCAAUUGCCCCCCCUGCUCAUAGGUCUAUGUGGAGGAUGUCAUGGGUAAAUUACUAAACUGUGAACUUCACAAGUGCAAAUAGGGAUAGUUUCCCUCAGUGGUGCAGAGAUGGCGAGUGGACAGCUGUCGAGGGCGGAGGCGUUGGCGUGCUCCGGCUGCUUGCAUGCUUGUCACGUGUUGCUCUACUCUGACACACCACGUCAGCUGUUUGGGAACAUUCCCAUCAGACAUAUCAUACUGAUGCAGAUGCGCUUUGAUGGUCUGCUAGGUUUCCCCGGAGGGCUGGUUAACCCCGCGGAGGAGACCCUGGAGGCAGGCCUUACCAGGGAGUUGUCGGAGGAGCUGGGCGUGGCUCUUCCUAUAUCGGUGGAAGACCAUGUGAACUCUUGCCAUGCCCCUGCUUCAUCCCCGUCCUCAUCGCCGUCCUCUCGUCUUAUCACUCACUUCUACGUGAAGAAGAUGGAGGAGGAGCAGAUUAUAGAGGUGGAGAGAGCAGCUACAUCCACAGCAACCGAUCAUGGACAUGAGGUUUUGGGAAUGGUCAGGGUCCCGCUCUAUACCAUGAAACGUGGGGGAGGCCUCGGGCCUUUCUUGUCGCAUUCGUUCAUCGGCAGCGCUCGUUCCCAGCUCAUUGACUCUCUGCUGCGCCUCAACCUGGUCGCCCCUGAGGAGUUGCGAGAAGCCCUCUCCCGCUCUCUGAAGAUACACUCACACACAGCAGAGGAUCUGAAAGCGACCCUCGCGCUGCCACCGGUGAAGAGAGAACAGCUUUGAAACCCACCCGCACAUGCCUCAGAACAUCAUCUCUUGUGAACUUGUUUUGGCUAUCAGCAUUGCAAUCCUUCACUCACACGCUUUAUCGAACACACACACACACACACACACACACACACACACACACACACACACACACACACACACACACACACACACACACACACACACACACACACACACACUCAGACUCAUACUGAUUCUGAGCUGGUGACUCAUAAUUGCCUGCUGUGCAUCAAAUACUUUGGGGAAAACAUUAUCAUGAAGCCCUGUAACAUGAAUGGAAAUAAAAUAAUUCAGGAUGGCUGUAAUAUUCAAGCA